UAGAAUACACUACGUAAACAAGAAAUAAUAUUAAAAAAUAAUUGACGUGAAUACGUUGCAUAAAUGUCGUUAUUAAGGUAUGUGACGAGUGGGUGUGAUUUAUAUUAAAAAAAUGACAGACGAAAAAGCUCAAACGCAGGAGUUUAAGUUAGAUUCAGAUUGUGAAUUACGUUUUGAGGUUGAGACGAAGAAUGAGAAAGUCACGCUUGAAUUGAAAAGUGGUUUAGCAGAAGUAUUUGGUACAGAGUUGGUAAAAGGAAAGAAAUAUGAAUUUAUAGCUGGUGCUAAAGUAGCUGUAUUUACUUGGCAAGGUUGUACAGUGGAAUUAGUUGGAAAAACUGAUGUUAGCUAUGUUGCCAAAGAGACUCCAAUGGGACUUUAUUUAAAUUGUCAUGCUGCAAUGGAAAGACUCAGGGAAACUGCAGAGAAAGAUGACACUAGGGGACCAAUAACAAUGGUUGUAGGCCCUUGUGAUGUAGGAAAAUCAACACUUUGUAGACUUCUACUAAAUUAUGCAGUUAGAAUGGGUCGUAGGCCAAUUUUUGUAGACUUAGAUGUUGGUCAAGGUCACAUAGCAAUACCUGGCACCGUUGGAGCACUGCUAGUUGAACGUCCAUCGAAUGUAGUUGAUGGUUUCAGCCAGCAAGCACCAUUAGUCUUUCAUUUUGGACAUAAAUCUCCACAAGCCAAUGUUGCUCUUUAUAAUCUCCUUGUAACACGCCUGGCAGAAGUCUGUUCAGAUAGACUUCAAGCAAACAAAAAAGCCAGAGUUUCAGGAAUUGUAAUAAACACUUGUGGUUGGGUGAAAGGAGAUGGAUACAAACUAUUAACUCAUGCUGCUCAGGCUUUUGAAGUUGAUGCUAUUUUGAUACUAGAUCAAGAAAGACUUUAUAAUGAACUUGUUAGAGAUAUGCCAGAUUUUGUGAAAGUUGUAUUUCUACCAAAAAGUGGUGGAGUUGUAGAAAGGAGUCAAGCACAAAGGACAGAAGCCAGAGAUCAGGGUGUUAGGGAAUAUUUUUAUGGAUCUAGAACUCCACUUUAUCCACAUAGUUUUGAAGUGAAAUGGAGUGAAGCUAGAUUAUAUAAAAUUGGAGCUCCAGUGCUUCCUGCCUCGUGCAUGCCGCUAGGCAUGAAGGCAGAGGAUAAUUUAACAAAAUUAGUAGCUGUUACACCUGGACCAAAUCUUCUUCAUCACUUAUUAUCAGUAUCAUUCGCCGAUUCACCAGAGGACGAUGUAGUGCAAACUAACGUUGCUGGAUUUGUUUGUGUAACCAAUGUUGAUGUGGAGAGGCAAGCAUUCACAGUUCUGAGUCCACAACCAAGACCAUUGCCAAACACAGUUUUACUACUUUCAGAUAUUCAAUUUAUGGAUAGUCAUUAA